GGCAAACUUCUGGGACUACUGCUACAUUUGUGAUUAUUGAUGGUUGGACUAUUACUGUUGCUUCGGUUGGUGACUCUCGUUGCAUUCUGGAUGCUCAGGGAGAUGUUUCCCUUCUUACAGUAGAUCAUAGACUAGAAGAAAAUGCCGAAGAGAGGGAGAGAGUGACUGCUAGUGGAGGAGAGGUAGGAAGGCUUAGUAUUGUGGGCGGCGCUGAGAUUGGCCCCCUCCGAUGCUGGCCUGGUGGGUUGUGCCUUUCCAGGUCCAUUGGUGAUAUGGAUGUGGGAGAGUUUAUAGUUCCCAUACCACAUGUUAAGCAAGUAAAG